AUGGAAACAGAUGAGGUUCAAGAUAUGUCCCAGGUUUCAGGAAAGGAAAGUCCUCCAAUUAGUGAUGUCCCAGAUGAUGCAGAUGAACCUAUGCCUGUACCAGAGGACCUUUCAACUAGUACUGGAGGACAACAGAGUGCUAAGAAUGAGAGAGUUUUGGCUGGUAAUAUUAAAAUAGAGACUCAGAGUGAUGAAGAGAAUGGGCGUGCCUGUGAAAUGAAUGGGGAAGAAUGUGCGGAGGAUUUACGAAUGCUUGAUACCUCGGGAGAGAAAAUGAAUGGCUCACACAAUGGCCCAGGCAGCAAGGCUAUGUCAGGAGUUGGAGGCAUUCGACUUCCUAACGGAAAGCUAAAAUGUGAUAUCUGUGGGAUAAUUUGCAUCGGUCCCAAUGUGCUCAUGGUUCACAAACGAAGCCAUACUGGAGAACGCCCUUUCCAGUGCAAUCAGUGCGGAGCCUCCUUUACACAGAAGGGCAACCUUCUGCGCCACAUAAAGUUGCACUCGGGCGAAAAGCCCUUCAAGUGUCACCUGUGUAACUACGCCUGCCGUCGCAGGGAUGCCCUCACGGGACACCUGAGGACUCACUCGGUUGGCAAACCCCAUAAAUGUGGAUACUGUGGUCGCAGCUAUAAGCAGCGCAGCUCUUUGGAAGAACAUAAAGAACGCUGUCAUAACUACCUGCAAACCAUGAACAUCUCAAGCAGCCUUUAUUCAGUCAUAAAAGAGGAAACUAACCAGAGUGAAAUGGCUGAAGACCUGUGCAAGAUAGGGUCAGAAAGAUCCCUCGUGCUGGAUAGACUAGCAAGUAACGUCGCCAAACGUAAGAGCUCUAUGCCUCAGAAAUUUGUUGGUGAGAAAUGUCUGUCCGAUCUUCCUUACGAUGCCACCACCAACUAUGAGAAGGAGAAUGAGAUAAUGCAGACGCACGUUAUAGACCAGGCCAUUAAUAACGCCAUCAGUUACCUGGGGGCAGAGUCCUUGCGUCCCCUUGUCCAGACACCGCCAGGUGGUUCUGAGGUGGUGCCCGUCAUCAGCCCCAUGUAUCAGCUCCACAAACCUCUCGGGGACAAUCAGGCUCGCUCCAACCAUACAGCUCCGGACAGCGCAGUGGAAAACUUGUUGCUGCUUUCCAAAGCCAAAUCCGUCUCCUCCGAACGAGACGCCUCUCCCAGCAACAGCUGCCAAGACUCAACAGAUACAGAGAGCAAUAACGAGGAACGCGGUGGUUUAAUUUAUCUGACAAACCACAUAGGUCCCCAUGCAAGGAAUGGCAUCUCUAUAAAAGAAGAAAACAGGCAAUAUGAUGUCUUGAGGGCAGGUACUGACAAUUCCCAGGAUGCUUUCAAAGUGAUCAGCAGCAAUGGGGAGCAAGUGAAAGUUUACAAGUGCGAACACUGUCGAGUCCUUUUCUUGGAUCACGUGAUGUAUACAAUCCAUAUGGGCUGCCACGGGUUCCGUGAUCCUUUCGAAUGCAACAUGUGUGGCUACCAUAGCCAGGACAGGUACGAAUUCUCCUCCCACAUAACCCGAGGGGAGCACCGUUUCCACAUGAGUUAAAACUCCUCCGGCACAGAUCUAGCCUCAACAGCUGCGUUACUGGAGCUGCACGAGCCACGACAGCAACAAAGCACAAGUCAGAUGGACAGUAAAAGUAACAAGAGAAUCAAAAGUUCAGCUAUCUUCUCCCACAAGAAAAGAUUUUUUCCUUUCGGUAGCAUGCAUUGCAACUCAGUUUUCUAAAAUGAAUACUAAAGUUUUUACUGAAAAUGUUUGAUCACCAAAAAACAUUUAGUAAUGUAAGUAGGAGCUUUUGUAGUCACAUAGCUGAAAGCCCUUCCCUUAACUGAUGCUUCUUGCAAACCUCCCUUGCCAAAACUGUUAACCAUGCGCAGGAUGCAGCACGCUGACAAGGAUGCAACAGGCAGGAGUGGCUGAGCUUUCUUAACACCCUGAGCGCAGGCCUCUUACACCAGAUUUAUGUUUUUUUGACUUCCUGGUAUUAUUUGACUCUUUUAGGAAGAUUAAACUCAACUAAAGAUGGAGGGGCCCACCUCAGAUGACUUCACAGACAGCUGGGGUGGGACGG